CGGGACAGGUGACGUCGGCUGGUCGGGUCGUGUAGUCGUGUCGUCGGUGGACCGAUUCCAUUGCCAGACUGCGCUCGCUACUGUAAGGUUAAGUUACUCGGUGAACCCGUUUUCUCACAGCCAGCUGCGUCUGGCACUGCGACUGCCACUGCUACUGCAAGCCCCAAUGCUUCCAGCCGAUGCCAUGCUUACCUGCCUGUCUGCUUGCCUGCUUGCCCGUGGUUUGGCAGUUUUCGCGUUUGCCUUGUGAGUCAGGCGGGUCAGCAUGGUAGGCAGAUGGAGAGACCGAGCGGGCGAGCAAUUAAGCCAGGCAAUAUCACAACAGGUACAUUCCAAGCCCACUUGCCCCUACUUCCUUCAGGACUACUGCUUUCAUUUAAGUCCUUAGUAUCUUUUUUAUCCUCAUACACAUUGUUGUUUCCGUUUCUUUCGAUCAAUACCAUCUUAGAAUUUUCCUUAUCGUUUUGUUCAACUUUUUCCUUCCUCAAUCCAGAACCACUGAACCAUAACAUGAAUCAAACUUGCAAUAACCAAUAUCCGCCAUUGCUGGGUUCAACCGGGACCGGAGUGCCGACUCCAGUGCAUAUGAAUCCUCAGUUCGCUCUUUUGGAUGUCAUCAUUCCUGGAUUCUCUCUUUACACUUCCGCAGCAUCAAAGUUCUUGAAAAUCGACCUCACACUAUACUUUCCCGCCAUAAUCUUCCUCGGUGCUAUAAUCUUCUGCUCUCAGUAUGUCUCUGCUUGGUGCUGGAGAGUUGCGGAUGAAGUAAGACAGAUCCAUUCCAAUCCCUCCAGUAUCUUGAAAGAUCUUCCGUUAUCGUAGCACAAGUUCCUAGACUGAUACGUCGAAAAGUAUUUCAUGUGCACCGCCGAUAUCAGGAUAGACGACGAGAUGUACAACUUUGUGAUGGCCUGGAUUGCGAAUCAAAAGUUCGCGAAGAACUCUCGUCGAUUUGUCGCCAACACAAACUUAAAUAGCAGAAUGUGGUUUCUGUGGAGAUCGUUCUUCGACGACGAAGACGAAGAAGAGGACGGAGUGGAAUUCGAUGAAAACUCUACUCCUAUUCGGACAGUUGGAAAAGAAAAGAAGAAGAAGAUCCAAUACACUCCAUCGUUUGGAGUGCACCACUUUUUCUAUAAAAAGCGACUCUUCAUCUUCCGUCGAUCAGAGAAUGUUAAGAGUGGCCCAUGGGGGACCGCCAGCGAGCGAGAGGAGAUAUCUAUCUCGUGCUUUGGAAGGAACCCCGCCACUUUGAAGGAUUUGCUCGACGAAUGUCGCAAAGAAUUUUCGAAGAGCGACGAAAAUCGAACCAUCAUCUACCGCGGUGGCCUUAAGAGUGGAACAGCCGAGCCUGCCUGGACGCGUUGUAUUUCUCGAAUAUCCCGUCCAUUUUCAACUGUUGUUCUAGAUGAGGAUGUCAAGGCUAAGCUGUUGGCGGACAUGAGCGAAUAUCUGCACCCAUAUACCCGGCGGUGGUACUCAAACCGAGGGAUACCAUACCGACGAGGUUAUCUGCUCUAUGGCCCCCCUGGUACAGGGAAGAGUUCUCUGAGCUUCGCCAUCGCGGGUUAUUUCAAGCUCAAAAUCUACAUUGUCAGCUUGAACUCCCCGGCCAUGAAUGAAGAAAACCUGAGUACACUUUUCACCGACCUCCCAAAGCAAUGUGUAGUCCUGCUCGAAGACAUUGACACUGCUGGCUUGACGCAUGCCCGUGCCAGACCGGAGGACUCAGAAGAAUCCAAGUCCCUAAUCACCACUCUGCCGGGCGCAACUGCUAUUAUUCCUCCAAAUCCAACAAUAAACAACAGUGGCGGCCGAAUUUCUCUUUCUGCCCUUCUCAAUAUUCUCGAUGGCGUAGCCUCUCAAGAAGGCCGAGUCCUCAUCAUGACGACUAACCACAAGGACAAACUCGACGAGGCGCUCAUCCGCCCUGGCCGAGUGGAUAUGGCUGUGGAGUUCAAGCUCUCUGAUACGCAAAUGAUAUCCACAAUAUUCCGCUCCAUCUUCGCAACCCUCGAAGGCGACGUUCCCGCUUCCGCCUCUCGAAGCAACUUGUCCAUCCGAUCCCCAACAAGAUCGGAAUCCAAGCUCACUGCCUCGGCCGUGAAACAACUCGCCGAAGAGAAGGUCACUCAAGCAGCCGCCGCCCUUGCAAUCCAAAAAACCGAACAAGCCAGGAUAGAGAGACUGGGUGAGGACUUUGCGGCUUUGAUCCCAACUAUGGAGUUAAGUCCGGCCGAGAUACAGGGCUACCUACUCAAGCACAAGCAGGAUCCACAAGAAGCGAUCACAAGUGCGCCAGCAUGGGUCGAGAAGACGAAAGAGGAGAAAAGGAAGAAGGCCACGGACCAGAAGAGGAGAGAGGAGCAGGAGAAGGCUGAAGCCGAAAGGAAGGAUUGGUGGGUGAACAUGUGGGGUUGAAAUUUGGGCGCAUAAGAUGGAUUUACCACCAGGCGACGUUGCAAUACACACGUUUUGGGCUAUUAAGGGAUUUGGGGAGAGUGGGAGGGGGGGAGAGAUAUACUCACCGCCGAAGUCGAUUGAUGGUUGCAGGUUCUCACUUGGUUUUGUGUCAGGAGAGACAUGGUGUCAUACAUGGACCACCUUGGAAAUUUGCGCAAUAGAGAAAGAGCUCUUACACUUGUGGGAUAGAUAAAGUAACAAUACACGAUCUUUAAUAUGUCU